AUGUUCCCAUGUGCUGAUAGCAAGACCAGUAGCAGUAGUAACAUUGGUGGCGGCGGUUGCACCAGCAGUAGUAUAAUGAAGUUCUACCUAUUCGUUGCCAUUGUCGUAUGCGAAUCGUGCAAUUACUUCUCACGUGCGGAGUAUGACGCGAUCGGGGAGCUAGUGGGACCUGGACAUCGAUUGGCGCUAGAAGAAUAUAGAGAAACAGGUUAUGAACCGUGGUACCCAUGGGCGGGUGGUACCGUGAAACGCAACGCUAAGUCAGACAUUCAAACACGCCGCCGUAGCGCCCUCGACAAGAAUUUCAUGCGGUUUGGACGCUCGGACCGAGAUAUUUCACGACAGACACGUGCCAACCUGAUGCGAUUCGGGCGCCCAGACCGAAACUUCCUGCGGUUUGGCCGGGACAGUCGGACGUAUGAAAUUGAAGGUCGCGAAGACGACUUAAGUAAAGAGUAUGCAACCUCUACCGAACAGCUGGAGCCACUAGUCAGAGGAGAUGAAUCCAGCAUGGCCAGUAAGCGAAAUAGCGCUGGAGGCACCUCUGAGGAAAUGUUUGAAGGGACAGAUCUGUCAGAGUCGGGAGAGCAGAUCAAACCGAAGCAGAUCGUGUACUACCGGCGUGAUUCGCCGAAAAAUUUGAUGCGAUUUGGGAAGCGGCGCUCGGGGAGUUCCGGAUACAUGCGCUUCGGUCGAGCUGGGAACUUGAUGAGAUUCGGACGAUCAGGCGACGAACCCUCCGAUCCGUUUGGACGUUCGUCCCGUUUUAGCAAUCCGAUGCGUUUUGGUCGUGCCGGUAAUCUGAUGCGGUUUGGUAGAACUAGUAAUAAGACCAGAGUGGCUAUUAGCGUAUCGAAUGCGACCGGUCAACCGCCUUCGGAUACGUUACCACCAAACUUACAUGAAUUGUUCGAGAAGAAACCUGCUAUCCGUGAGUUGCAGGAAGCGAUAGAGGUAGCCGAAAUGGACGAUAGUGUUCCGUUGUACAUAGUGGAUAAGUAGUGUGCAUCCGAUCACACAACGGCUAACAUGGCACUUGAUUGUACAGGGCAAACCAGGAAAUAAUGGAUAGAGAAGAAUAAGGACGGCAGAGGAAAACAAGAUACCACGACAACACAUCCUAAACAGAUAACCCCUCUCUCCUUCGUUCCGUGCAGCAAAAUGGCGUAUUGUUGAUAGAACUACACUCAUGAACACGAGCAACACUAAUCUUCAAAAUAUUUGCGUUCAUCGUGUGAAACGAUCCCAAAAAGAAAAGGCUGGUAUCAACAAUGCUGUUCCAUUUUGCGUCACACACACAUACACACGGCACGGACGUGGAUGAGAUCGGCUACUGCAGUAAGCGGAAAAGGAUGUGAAGGAAGAAAAAGCUAUCGCUAAUCAUCUGACCGAAAGAACGAAAAAUAGACACCUUACUCGUACGCGAUAUUAUCAAAUAAUCUCCCUGUUUCGCUAGUGUCCAUUGGAACGCAUCGUCGCUUCGAACGAUUAAGGUAAAGAGCUAAAGAUAACCAUGUCCUCCUGGCUAUGGGGGAAGCAAGGAUAUGAAAAUCCAAGAUGUAAACUAACGGCAAAAAUGGAAGUCAUAUAGAAUAUGGCUGAAGUUAUAUACAAUACGCUACCGCUGGGAAGCUGUAUUUGAAUACUGAAGUAGUAGAACUGAAUCAUAACAAAGCAACGCAAGACAGCGACGAUUAAUAUGUUUCAAUAUAUACGUAUACAUCUACAAAAACACGCAAGAAUAAAUUAUUAUAAUAAAAACAAAAGUUAGUAACGCGGCAGAAGCAGGAGGCAACUUAUACCUUAGCAAAACACAGGUCCUUUCUUCAUCAUGUUUGUGUGCUGUGUACACUACAGAACAAGCAUUAAACGUUGUUAUAAUCAGAGCAACCGCAAAUAAAACUACCAUUAGAUAUGAUGGACGAGAAACUGGUCAUAUAUGUAUAAAAUAAAGUAAU